GGAGAGAGGCAUUGGUUACCCUCUGCUGAAACGCAAACCAUGCCCUUUACUGCUUCGCAAAAGUCUUCUUCAAUGUGCCGGGGACAGAUGAAGACAAUAUGGGGGAUGCUUGCUCUCAGAAACUGGGAUCUGCCAAGUACCUUCGGCUCCUUCUGUUCAUCCUGAUCCCGUGUAUAUGUGCCCUCAUCUGUUUACUGGUCAUCCUCCUGGCUUUUGUGGGUAUAAUUGGAAAUGGCUUCUUGGAGUCCAGUGAGACAGACUCGCUGCCUGCGAGCAAAAGUGCUCUUACCACAGACAUUCCCUUCAUCGUGUUCAGCACGGGAUCGCCGGGGACGACCGCAGAGACGGAGCUGAACAGCCAGUCCGUGCUGCUCUCCACCAGCCGCGACCAAACGAGCCAGGGCAUGGGCCACUGGAAGCCCCGCUCGGACAACUCCUCCAAAAGCCCCACCCUGUCCACCACCCCCAGUGAGGCCUCCAACAGCGUCCCGGACUGGGUGACAUCGCUGUCGACGCUGAGCCCUCUGUCACCAGCCACCCCCCAGCAGGCAGUCAGCCCCUCCCCAGACCAGGAUGUCUGCUCAGACAUCAGUGAGAGCCAGUGUCACAUGCUGCCCUACAAUCAGACCAGCCUGUCAUCGCGUAGCGCCAUCGUCAAGAGCGUCGAGGUGGAAAUGUUCCUCAAGUUCUUCAGCUAUCUGAACCGCCUCAGCUGCUACCGCCACAUCAUGCUGUUCGGCUGCAGCCUGGCACUCCCAGAAUGCAUCACGGAAGGCGAGGAAAGGCACCUUGUCUUCCCCUGCAUGUCCUUCUGCGAGGCUGCAAAGGAGGGCUGCGAGCCCGUCCUGCAGAUGUUCAACGCCUCCUGGCCGGACUUCCUGCGCUGUUCACAGUUCACCAACAACUCCACCACAGGGGACAGUGCCACGGCGUGCUACAGCCCCAAACACGUCAAAGGAAAGCCCUCUCUGUGUGGUGGACGAGAUCACUUCCUGUGUGCCACGGGAAUAUGCAUCCCCAGGAAACUUGUGUGUAACGGGUACAACGACUGUGAUGACUGGAGCGAUGAGGCAGAAUGCACUUGCGAGGACGACCAGUUCCGGUGCGGGACGGGACGCUGUCUGAGCCCCAGCUUUGUGUGCGACGGGUACGAUGACUGUGGGGACCUGAGCGACGAGCAGAGCUGUGCAUGCAGCCCAGACAAGGAGCACAAGUGCGGGGAUGGGAGGUGCAUCACCAAGGACUGGCUGUGUGACGGGGACCAUGACUGCAUCGACAAGAGCGAUGAGGUCAACUGCUCCUGUAAGAGCCAAGGUCUCCAUGAAUGCCGCAAUGGCCAGUGUAUCCCUGGCGCUUUCGUCUGUGACGGCGAGGACGACUGCAAGGAUGGGAGUGACGAAAACAACUGCACCCAGCAGCAGAGCCAGAGCACAUGUAGUCCUGGACAGCCGAGCUGCAUCUCUACCACAUGUACUCACGGUUGCCAUGGGAAUGCGCCGUGUGACAGCCGCAACAACAGCUCCAACUGUAGCCGCUGUGAACCCAUCACCCUGGAGCUGUGCAUGAAUCUGCCCUACAACACCACCAGCUUCCCCAACUACCUGGGCCACCAGACCCAGAAGGAGACCUCUAUCAGCUGGGAGUCUUCUCUCUUCCCGGCACUGGUCCAGACCAACUGCUACAAAUACCUCAUGUUCUUUGCCUGCACCAUUCUAGUGCCCAAGUGUGACCCAGAGAGCCACCAGAAGGUCCCACCCUGCAGGUCACUAUGCAGGAACUCCAAGGAGCGGUGUGAGUCUGUACUUGGAAUUGUGGGAUUGCAGUGGCCAGAGGACACAGACUGCACCCAAUUCCCUGAGGAUGGCCAGGAGAAUACAACCUGUCUGCUGCCAGAUCCCGAUGUGGAUGAAUGCUCACCAAGUCACUUCAAGUGCAGGUCAGGGAGGUGUGUCCUGUCCUCCAAGAGGUGUGACGGUCACAUGGACUGUGACGACGACAGCGACGAAGAGAACUGCGGUUGUAAGGAGAGGGGAUUGUGGGAAUGCCCCAGCAACAAAGCCUGCAUCAAACACACAAUGAUCUGUGACGGAUUCCCAGACUGCGCCGACCUCGCCGACGAGAAGAACUGCUCCAUAUGCGACGAUAACGAGCUCGCGUGUAACAAUCACGAGUGCGUGCACCGCACGCUGUGGUGCGACGGCAGGAAGCACUGCUCCGACAGCUCGGACGAGUGGGACUGUGUUACUCUGUCCAACACCACGUCCUCGGCCCUGACUGUCCACAAGACCGCGUCCGAGUACCAGGUGUGCGCCGACGAAUGGCACCCGCAGCUGAGCCGUCUGGCCUGCAGGCAGAUGGGUUUAGGUGUCCCAACCGCCGUCGAGAUGCUACUGGACGAGCCCAACCAGCCGGGCCGCAGACGGUGGCUACACGUGCGUCCCGAUUGGUCCCAGAGGAACGGAUCGGCCCUGCAAGCCAUGCUGGAGAAGAGAGGGCAUUCCUGUCAGUCCCGGAGGAAAAUCUCUCUUCAUUGCACCAAAGAAGACUGCGGGCGUCGGCCAGCAGCGCGCAUGUCGAAACGGAUCCUGGGCGGGCGAACGAGCCGCCCUGGACGCUGGCCAUGGCAGUGCUCCCUGCAGAGCGACCCUAGCGGGCACAUCUGCGGCUGCGUGCUCAUCGGCAGGAAGUGGGCUCUGACUGUGGCGCACUGCUUUGAGGGGCGGGAGAAUGCAGAUGUCUGGAAGGUGGUUUCUGGAAUCAACAACCUGGAUCACCCCUCGCCCUUCAUGCAAACCAGGAGGGUGAAGAGCAUCAUAGUCCACCCCCGGUACAACCGCGCAGUGGUGGAUUACGACAUCAGUGUGGUGGAGCUGGACCACGAGGUGGAGGAGACCAGCUACGUACGGCCGGUCUGCCUCCCUCACCGGGGCCAACUGCCCAAGCCUGACACUUACUGUUACAUCACGGGCUGGGGCCACAUGGGCAACAGGAUGCCAUUCAAGCUUCAGGAGGGAGAGGUGAGGAUAAUCUCUCUGGACCAAUGUCAGUCUUACUUUGACAUGAAGACCAUCACCUCCCGCAUGCUGUGUGCUGGGUACGAGUCGGGGACCGUGGACUCCUGCAUGGGGGACAGCGGGGGUCCGCUUGUCUGUCAGGAACCGGACGGGCGCUGGAGUCUGUACGGGCUCACUUCCUGGGGAUCCGUCUGUUUUUCCAAAGUCCUGGGACCCGGCGUCUACAGCAACGUCACCCACUUUGUGGAAUGGAUUGAGAGACAAAUUUACCUCCACACCUUUCAUCUCGCCUAGCUAGGUCACUCCUGCUGGAAGGUUUUUUUUAUUAUUAUUUUUCCUCUCCUUUCUUCUUUUUGUUGGGUUUUGGGGUAAUUUGAAUGGGGAGAACGCCCUCUUCCUCCUGUGAGGGACAGUAAGGGAGUGCCACUCUGCCCAUGGAUCCACACUUGUCUCCUGAGAGGGAAAUCCAGGACGUCUCUGAUCGUUGUCACUGUGUUCUCUGACCAUUCCAAGAGGAUGCGCCUGCAGGUUCCUGAGCCUCAUGGAUGUAGGCAAGACUUUAGUUGUCUUAGUUGCUAUUGUCUCUCUCAACAUGUCAGGUACUGUGGAAAUGGGUCUUUUAUUUUGACAUUACACUGAACAGUCAUCUGUGGUCUACUGUCUCCAAAUGACCUGGGCACACACAGACGCAUACACAUACAUACGUAUGUGUG